UGAUAAGUAUUAGCUCAGGCUGAGUAAUGAGAGAGACAUGGAGGAAGAAAUGAAAGGUGGUAGCCCUGAGCGAGGAGUCCACGUCAUAACAAACGGAGUCAGCCCGUCAAGUGUCACACCAAAAACAUACCUUUAUUGUCCCUGUUGACCAGUUUUGUUGAUGAGCGCACAAUGUUAACAAAAUUUGAGACCAAGAGUGCAAGGGUAAAGGGUUUAUCCUUUCAUUCCAAGAGGCCAUGGGUCCUAGCCAGCUUGCACAGUGGCAUCAUCCAGUUAUGGGACUAUCGUAUGUGCACACUUGUGGAUAAGUUUGAUGAACAUGAAGGACCUGUCCGUGCUGUUUGCUUCCACCAGCAGCAGCCUCUCUUUGUGUCUGGUGGUGACGACUACAAGAUCAAGGUAUGGAACUACAAGCUGCGAAGAUGUCUCUUCACACUACUUGGACAUCUGGACUACAUCCGUACUACCGAGUUUCAUCAGGAGUAUCCAUGGAUUCUGUCUGCCUCAGAUGACCAGACAAUACGUAUUUGGAACUGGCAGAGUCGUUCAUGCGUGUCCAUCCUGACUGGACACAACCAUUAUGUUAUGUGCGCUCGCUUCCAUCCAACUCAAGAUUUAAUUGUGUCGGCUUCGUUGGAUUCUACAGUUCGAGUGUGGGAUAUCUCAGGUAUUCCUGGCAAACCAGGAGGUCUUCGCAAGAAGAAUGUAUCUCCUGGUAUGGGUGGUAUUGGGGGAAGUGACGACCACCACACCCGCAACCCAGAACUGUUUAGUGCAGGGGAUGCCACAGUACGCCAUGUGUUGGAGGGUCAUGACCGGGGGGUUAACUGGGCUGCAUUCCAUCCCACACUGCCGCUAGUCAUCUCUGGUUCAGAUGACCGCCAGGUUAAACUUUGGAGAAUGAAUGAUUGCAAGGCGUGGGAAGUGGACACCUGCCGGGGGCACUACAAUAAUGUGUCCUGCGUCAUGUUCCACCCAAGGCAAGAGUUGAUUCUUUCCAACUCUGAGGACAAGUCCAUUCGCGUGUGGGACAUGGCGAAGAGAAUAUGCCUCCACACCUUCCGUCGAGAACAUGAUAGAUUCUGGGUCCUGGCUGCACACCCCUCGCUCAACCUGUUUGCUGCUGGACACGACAGUGGCAUGAUCAUUUUUAAGCUGGAGCGGGAGAGACCUGCUUAUGCCUUGCAUGGAAACCUCUUGUAUUAUGUGAAGGAGCGCUUUCUACGUCGCCUUGACUUGACAAAGAACAAGGAUGUUGCUGUCAUGCAGCUGCGUGCAGGUUCCCGGGCACCAGUACACAGCAUGUCCUUCAAUCCAGCGGAAAAUGCAGUCCUCCUCACCACUCGUACGCACAACAUGGACAACAGCAACUAUGACUUGUAUCAGAUACCGAAGGAUUCCGACCCCCAGAACCCUGAUUCCCCCGAUUCCAAGAGAUCUGCUGGGUUAACAGCCGUGUGGGUGGCCAGGAACCGCUUUGCCGUUAUGGACAAAAGCCACCAGUUGGUGAUCAAGAAUAUGCAGAAUGAAGUUACCAAAAAAGUAACAACUCCUCCCUGUGAUGAGAUAUUUUAUGCAGGCACAGGCAUGCUCUUGCUUAGAGACAGUGAUGGGGUCUCUCUCUUCGAUGUCCAGCAGAAGAGAGUACUGGGAACUGCUCGCAUUGCCAAGUGCCGCUAUGUUGUGUGGUCUGCUAGUAUGACUACUGUGGCCCUGCUCUCCAAGCAUACAAUUCUUGUUUGCAACCGCAAGCUUGAACGUCUCUGCUCCAUCACAGAGACCAACAGAGUCAAGUCGGGUUCCUGGGAUGAUAGUGGUGUAUUUGUUUAUACAACAAGUAAUCAUAUCAAGUAUGCACUGACAAAUGGCGACCAUGGCAUCAUCCGCACUCUGGAGCUGCCAGUAUAUGUAACACGGGUAUCUGGUAGCUCGGUGUAUUGUCUGGACCGUCAAGCAACACCUCGUGUCCUCACCAUUGACUCCACAGAAUUCCGCUUCAAAUUGGCACUAGUUCAACGCAAGUAUGAUGAAGUGCUGCAAAUGGUUCGUGGCGCCAAACUGGUGGGACAGUCGAUCAUUGCAUACUUGCAGAAGAAAGGUUACCCAGAAGUUGCCCUUCAUUUUGUGAAAGACGAGAGAACACGAUUUCUCUUGGCCUUGGAGUGUGGAAAUAUUGAUGUUGCUUUAGAUGCUGCCAAGGCUCUUGACGACAAGGGAUGCUGGGAGAAACUGGCAGAACAUGCACUCCUGCAUGGCAACCACCCAGUGGUAGAGUACUGUUAUCAACAGACCAAGAACUAUGAUAAGCUCUCCUUCCUAUAUCUCAUCACUGGAAAUUUGGCCAAACUUCGACGCAUGAUGAAGAUCAAUGAAAUCCGCAAGGAUUACGAGGGCUGGUACACAAAUGCUCUGUAUCUGGGAGAUGUGCCGGAACGCAUUAGGGUUCUGAAGGCAUGCGGCAAGACGUCGCUGGCACUUCUGAUGGCUGCCACUCACGGCCACACUCAGGAAGCAGAGUCCCUUGCAUCCCAUGUGGAGGGUGGCACCAUUCCUGAACCUCUACCCAAUGCCCAGUUGUUGCAGCCACCUGUGCCAGUCCAACCAAUGGACACAGCCUGGCCACUACUCACUGUUGCCAAAGGGUUCUUUGACACUGCUGUGGCCAGUGGAAAGAGUGGUGGGGGAACUGUGGCAGCCAUGGCUGUUGAUAUUACUGGUGAUAUUGCUGGAGACGGUUGGGGCGAUGACGACGAGGAGACUGGAGAUGGUGACAUGGCCUUAGAAGGUGGAGAUGGUGAAGGUGGAGGCUGGGAAGUGGAUGAUGACCUUGAGUUGCCACCUGAAUUGGAAGGAGCAGUCACGGUUGGUGGUGCUGAUGGGGAAGAUGGGUACUUUGUGCCACCUCCAAGGGGUCAUCCUCCCACACACGGAUGGACACAGCGCAGCCAACUGGCCAUUGACCAUAUACUGGCUGGUGCUUUUGAAUCUGCCACCAGGCUGUUGCACGAUCAAGUUGGUGUAGUGAACUUUGAGCCGUAUCGUGAUUUGUUCCUGUCAUCGUUUGCCCACUCUCGCACUAGUUAUCCUGGUGCCCCAGCCCUCCCAUCUCUCUUUGCCUACCCAAGUCGAAAUUGGCGGACAGCACAGACAAAGGAUCAGUUGCCUGCUCUUGGUUUAAAGCUGUCAAGUCUAAUGGAUAAAUUAAAGGAAGCGUCGCAGCUAACGACCGCAGCCAAAUUUUCUGAAGCCGUUGAAAAGUUUAAAGCAAUCCUCCUGGCUGUGCCCCUCAUCAUUGUAGACACAAAACAAGAGGUUAGUGAAGCACAGAAUUUGCUACGUGUGUGUAAGGAGUAUGUGGUUGGCAUUAGUAUGGAGCUUCAUCGUAAAGGCCUCGGUAAAUCGUCGGAGGAAGAACUACAACGCUCUCUCGAGUUGGCUGCUUACUUCACUCAUUGUGAGCUACAGCCUGGCCACCAGAUUCUUACUUUAAGAACUGCUGUUAAUUUGGCAUUCAAGAUGAAGAAUUACAAGAUGGCAAUGAGCUUCGGACGUAGACUGGUAAAUCUGGGACCAAGGCCAGAGGUGGCUCAGAAUAUCAGAAAAGUUGUACAGGCCUGUGAGAAAAACCCUGUUGAUGAAAUGGUAGUUCAGUAUGAUGAACACAAUCCCUUCACUGUGUGCGCAAAGUCAUAUGUGCCAAUAUACAGGGGUAAGCCAGAGGUGCAGUGCCCAUUAUGUGGAGCAUCAUACCUGCCAGAGCACAAGGGCAUCACUUGCAGAGUCUGUUCUGUCGCCCAAGUAGGGAAGGACUCCAUUGGCCUACGUAUAUCUCCAUUGCAGUUUCGAUAGAUGUAUUGAUAAGCCAAAAUGAAUCAUAUACCGUAUACAUAUUGUGGAACAUUAAUUCAUGAUCAGUGAUGCACAUUUCCAGUAUUCUAAUAAAUAUUAUGUAAAUUUGCUUAAAUGGCUUUGUUGGUUACAUUCAUAUACAUGAUAAUAAGUUUUGAGCGUUUCUCUAGAUCUUUUAGUAGCAUAUUGUUCAUUGGAUAUUGUGAUAGAGAUUUGGUGUUGCUGAUACUGUAAGGUUCUAUCUAUUAUGUACCAAAUCUUUUUUUUUUUUCCUUUAAGGUGCACGAAGUUUAUAUUUUUUAAUAUUUUUAAUUGUCGAGAGAGUAUUCAGUAAUCAUUGUUAUUGGAACCACAAUGAAUUGAAAUUUGUUAAUACAUCAUACAUAGAAAUGGAAUAACCCUAUUGAUUUAUUUAUUCUGAAUGAUUACUGAAAGAAAUUAAAAUUAUAUAUAUACUGUA